AUGCACACAAAGCAUAAUGAAACGGAUUCUCUACCUCUGGGAGAAGUCAAGAACACUGAUGGGAAAUCAUCAGAUGGGAAAAAUAGUGACAGGCUGGUUGAUGGCAAAAAUGCGUUAGUUACUCAAGGAAUGGGGGCACUGGACAGCAUGCUACCACGCAAGGAGGCAGUGGAAAUGCCGCGACAGUUAGCCUGCCACCAACGUUUCAUAAGUGAUGUGAGAUUCUUCGUGGGGAUUCUAACCAUCACCGUUGCAUGUAUUGGAAUGAUGCUAGCCUACAAUAUGGGGGUGCUGACAACUACUGAACGUCGCUAUAACUUAAGCAGCCGCCAACUUGGCUCUUUCACUAGUAUUAACCAAGCUGGUACACUUAUCACGAUCACACUGUGUGGAUAUUUCGGUGGUCUCCCGGGCAGCCAUCGACCACGUUGGAUUGGCACCGGAACUUUAGUCAUGUCAGCUGGAAUGUUGAUUACCUCUCUGCCUCAAUUCACUCUCGGUCCAUACGUGUACAAAACUCCAGGUAACGACUCAACAAUCACGAAUGCAACCACAGAAACGAACAUGUGUCAGCAGCGACCACAAAAUUCAGACCAUGCAAAUGGCUCUCUUUUAGAAGAAACUUGGAGUUGUGAUUUAGAGGAGCAAACUGCAGCCGAUGAAAGCCAGUCAGCAUACCUAUACCUGUUUAUCGGCGCCCUCUUGCUGGGAGUUGGAUAUAGUCCUAUUUUAACCCUGGGAAGUGCCUUUGUAGAUGACUCGACAAAACACACAUCAACUGCGAUAUAUCUUGGAAUUAUUAAUAUGAUGUGGGGUUUUGGUCCAAUUAUUGGUUUCAUCAUCGCAGCUGGGUGUACUUCAGUGUUUGUCGACAUUAAUCGGGUAAACAUGGAAACUGUCUACCUUAAGCUAGGUGACCCUCAGUGGAUCGGUGCUUGGUGGUUAGGGGGCGCUUUUCUUAUACCUCCUAUGGUUAUUUGUGCGUUAACAUUCUGGUUUGUGCCAAAAGAUUUGAAAAAAUAUCGCUUAAAGCCAAUUACCAGGAAAACAAAUACUAAUUAUAAAAAGGAUGAACAAGCUGAUAAAGACGAAGAAAGCCUGAAAAAUGUUCAAGCUACUGGUAGUGGUUUUAUUCGAAGCCUAAAAGAUUUUCCAAGAACAUUAUGCAGAUUAGUGUUGAAUCCUUACUUCAUCUUAGUAACUGUGGCAUUCGCGUUUGAUCUUGGCGUCGCUAUGGGGAUCCUUAUGUUUCUUCCAAAAUACCUUGAGGUCCAGUUUAAUUUGUCGUCCAUAGCUGCAAAUGCCACAACAGCUUUGGCAUGUACAGCUCCUUAUGGAAUCGGAACGUUUCUAGGCGGAUAUGCGAUCAAUCGAUUCAAGCUGGGUGAAUUUGGAAUUGCCAAAUUCCUCGUGGUUAUCGUAGGGACUUCCAUUAUAUUCUGUGCGAUGAUGUUUCCAUUUGGAUGUAACAGCGUGGAUAUUAACGGUGUGAGUGAGAUGGGAGGCAAGAAUACAUUGCCCUGUAACGAGAACUGUCAUUGUUCGAUUGGUGUGUAUCGGCCUGUGUGUGGUUCCAAUGGAGAAACGUAUAUGUCACCUUGCUAUGCUGGGUGUACGCAAAUGAACGAUAAUGGGUCGUACAUUGAUUGUUCGUGUAUUAAAUCAAACGACACAGAAGACAUGCAUGCAAUGGACGGUGCAUGCCAAGAAGGCCAGACCUGUCCUUCAUUCUACAUCUUUGCUGUCAUAUUGUUUCUCUUCGCCAUUACGUCUGGUGCUAGAGAAAUUCCUGCUGUUAUGUUGACAAUCAGGUCAGUGAAAGAAACGGAUAAAUCCUUUGCCCUCGCAAUUAAUUUCUUGCUCGUACGCUGUUUAGGUGAGUACGAUAUUACACUUGCAUGGCAUAUUCGAGUUAGGAGAUACAAAAGGGGUUGA